GGCGGACACGCGGCUCUCAGUGGCCAUUCGCCCCGGAUCAGACAGCGACCCGUUCAACCCCCCCAAUCAGUAUUCUCCAUCUGCUUGUGAUCUCACCCCACAACAGCAUAUCGCCUGCCGUACAUAUCUAAAACAUCACGUAAAAGGUUUCACUCGUCGAGUACCUUACCUCGUGCGUUUGCCCAAGCCGAGGAUCUCUCAACCCUUUGCGGAUUAAGCACUGCAUCCCACUUCACACCCUCACCUCACACCCCGCCCAAGAUGAUGACCACAGCCUCCCAAGCGGUCCCUCACUCCUCCUCCCACACAACCCAAACUGUCCCUCCCCCAGCCCUCACCACCGUCCUCGACCUCUGGAAAGCUCACAAGGCCUCUCUCACGCACACCAUCCCCUCCGCAGCCGCCGCGCUGGUCCCCAUCCAUUUCGCCCACGACGCGUCGGUCGUCUGCGUCCCUACCGCAGCGGGCGGCGAAGAGAUCAAGGAGAUUGAGACGUUUAUCAGGACCCUUGUUGAGCAGCAGAAUGCGGGUAAUGCGGUUAUGGAGGAGAAAGUUUUGAGCAGGAUUGUGGAUGUGGAUGAGGGGAGGGCGUCCAUUGCCGAAGAGAGCGUAGUGACGAUUGUGCAUGAUGCGGUUGUGGAUUGGCUUUUGCCCGAUGUGAAGCCGACUAGAAGGCGGGUUGCUAUUCCUAUGACCACGUUCGUAACCUUCACCGCCGAGCCCAAGAUCCAGACCAAGCGCGUGUACUGGGACCAAGGCAGCGUGAUGAAGCAGAUCGGCCUGCUGCCCAACUCGGUCUACUGCAAAGCAAACACCACCGAGACUACUCUUCCUGUAUUGGGACCCAAGAUCGUCGACAGGCUGCUCUUGGACGCUGAGCAUGCCACUGCCAAUCUGAUCCUGAAGGAAAGGAGAUUGGAGAGUGGGGUUGCUGGUAUUGUUUCUGGAAAGGAACCUCUCCUCGUCAAAGCCCAAGCGCAUGAACCCGCACACGGGAUCAUCCCCCAACACGAAGACGACGUCGACACCGAUACGCUCCGUCUCGCCCAAAUCAAGCGCCAAAACCGCCUCUCGGCCUCGUUCGCCCUGCCCGUUGAGGAAAACAACAUUGUGCCCUCCUCCGCGCCCCUCCCGCAACAAGCUGCCCGUCCGUCGCGCGAGCAAACCACCAACUUCCUCACUGAUGACGCGCCUAGGGAAACACAGCGCUCGUCGACUAGGAUUCAUCACGAACAGGCCAACAGGACCUCCAACAUCUUUGGUGACGACCCCGUGCCGCUUCGUACGUCCGUUCCCAUCGACGCCAGACGGUUCAAGUCCAGCUUUUCGUUUGGAAACGAGGGUGAGGGUGAAGCCGCGCCCGCGCAUAACGGUGAAAGACGUCACUUAAGCCGGCCCAACACCGCUGCCGCAGGCAACGAUAGUCGAGUUGACCAGGCGGCUAAGCACCUGACCCGCCGCGACCCCAACUGGUCAUCUGCCGACGGCCCCACUGUCCGAGAAACCACCGACAACGCCUCCAUUUCUGGCAAAAAGACCUUUGGCAACAAGCACAGCGCGGACCAUUUCAUCGACACGGCCGUCUCCUCCACCUCCUCCUCCAGCAGCGUCAACGGCGACGACCCCUCUGUGCUCGCCGCCGGCAAAAAGCAUUUCGGACCCGCUGACCAAACCUCCCAUUUCGCCCUCGGCCUCACCCCCCUCACGCACUCGGAGCUGCAGCGCCCUCAUAUCGGAGGCAAGAAACAUUCCCAGCGCGCCAACGACGACAAUGACAUCUUUGGACACCAUGACGCGGACUUGCACACUCAUCGUAGGCAUUACGCGCCUGGCGGCAGUGAGCGCGUGGCCUUGGCGGCCGCGGCGGAGGCAAGGGAUGGGGAAGGGUUUGAAGGGUUUGGACAUGGGUUUGGAGGCAAGCAGGAACGGCCGAGGACGGCGAGACGUGAUCCGAAUGCAAGAAGUGUGGAGAGUGAGGUGGUUAAGCCUUCUAGCAGAGUCCUGCGUCCACCCGGAGGCGGCCAGUCCUUCACCUUCGGAUAACGAACAGAAGCAUAUGUUUUCGCUUAUAUGUAUUCCGCGGAGGACACUAUAAGAUUGAUG